AUGUCGCCAAGUGCAGGAAAAAGUCCCCCAAGCAGUACACGAUCAUCAUCGUCAUACGAUAUCAAAGAUGUGAGACCUGAGUUUAGCAAUGAAGCUGUUGAAAAAGAAAAUCAACGCCCUCCAAUUUACAAUCCCGAAGACUAUUUGCUCUCUCUCAAAAAAUACAGCAAAAUUGGCGCAAGUGACAAAUGUCAGUCAGUAUAUGAGAAAUUCAGUGAGACAAGUAAUGAUGAUGAAGCGGAAAAAAAGGAAAAACUUCAAAUGAGUCGAUCGAAAACGCUACCGGCGAAAAGCAAAGCAAGUAAACGGAAUUCAACGACAUCAAAUAACACGGAAGAUUCGACGGAAAUGACUCUCAGACAAUUUGGAUCAAUUACUGAUCUGUUGACAAAAUUGAGAUCGGAUUUGAGAUGUUCCUUCUUGAGUUUUGUUCAAGAAUUCGUUGCGACGCCAGUUGAUGGAGUAACUCUCUUGUUAGAAACAUUGCGCGCUUUGCAAUUAAGUCAAUCAGCUGCUUUGGAUAAAACAUCUUCAGUUACAAAUGGCUUUCGAACUCAUGCUUUUCAACGAAGAGCUUUGUUGGAUGAACUUGCUUGUUUACAAUGUUUGAGUAUUUGUUGCUCUCGAACUCCUGAAGCAGGAACAAGAUUGGGAACAACGCCAAUUGGAUUAUUGCCUCUUGCUGUUUCUGCAACAGGAACAGGAAUUCGUUCACGUAUUACUGCAAUUCAGUUAUUGACUGUCGCUUGCGAUAAAGUUGCCUUAUCGGAUGGAUCUCAUCGUGUUGCUUCAAACGGGCAUUCAGCAGUUUCAGAUGCUCUUUCAACUUUGAGACUUCGAUGCGGAGAGCCUGUUAGAUUUCGACUGAUGGUUGGUAUGUUCAAUAGCGGAGGCGGAUCCGGAGAGUUGCAAACUUUCGGUUUGAAAUUUAUAAAUACUUUAAUGGAAAGCGCCGAAACACUUCAAGAUAAACUCUAUUUGCAAGCAGAAUUACAUCAAGCUGGAUUUGAUCCAAAAUUGAUGACAAAAACGGUAGCAUCAACUUCAGUUUGGUUCGAAAAGCUACAUGAAGAACUCAAACGAUGGGAAGUGCAAAAAAUUGACGUUGAAUCGUUACAAACGAUCGCUUUGAAUGCUGAACAACUUCGGAGUAAACUGAUAACGUUGGAAAGGCGAGUUACAACACUUCAAGAUGAAAAAAGUUUGUUGGCAACAAUGGAAAGUCGUUUACAGGAAAGAUGUGCAGAAUUGCAACGAGAAGUUAGAAAGUUACGACAAAUGCAACACGAACAAAAUACUUCACACAAAAGUCCCGUUGCUCUUCCGCGACAAGCACUUCCCGAAAGUUCUUCAAAACGAAUUAAUUCAGAACAUGAAGAUGAAGGCAUUAGCGGUUCAGAUGCGGGACAUAGCAUCAGUCCUGAUCCUUCAAGUGAAGAAAACUUUAUGAGAAAAGGAUCGAAUAUGAGUUCAAACAAGUUUAGUAUUUUGUUGACAGAGAACAACUCUCCAACUUCCGAAAAAGAACGAAAUUUGGAAGAAAAUAUUGAAGAUGUCAUUGAAGAAUUGGAAAAUAUCGUUUCUGAUGCUGAAAGAGAUAUUUUGCAUGAAAAUAAUAGUCAAUCGCCCGAAACUUCCGAAAUUCAAUUAAGUGAGCAAUACAGCAGUUACGAGCAAUAUUCAAGCGAAUAUGAAAUCAUUCCGUCGAAUCUUCUUCCUGCGCCUCCAAAAAAGACAAAAUCCUUAAUUCAUCUUUUUUGCAACCCAUCCGAUGUUGAUUCCUCCGAUUAUAUGAUCGUCGAUGCUCCGCAACAAGUGAGAAAUCCCUUUUUCCGUAACGAAGAAGAUCCCGUUCAAGAUCGUGCUCGAAAAAUUUACAUUGACGAUCCCAUUGUAUAUCCCGAAGAUCGUUUACCUCCGCCCGAUGUCGUUCAUAAUGCACGUCGUCACAGCAGAGAUAACACAAAUCGCGCAAUUUUGAAUGUCAUUAUGGAUGCACGUGAAAAAGAACGUCGAGCACAUUCGUUAGAGAGAGAUGUUACUGUAAUGCCGCCGCCUCAGCAAUAUAACGGAGUGUUUUUCAUCGGAAGUGAAUCGAAUAAUCGCCAACAUGAAAGAGAGCAAAAUUCGCGUCGUCAGGUCUCAAAAAGUCUCGAUCGUAUGGCAAAUUGUGGCGUGGAUUCCAUGAUCGAUGUUAUCGAACCACAAAGUUAUAAUGCAAGAAUUAUCGAGCGUGGAAGACAACCAUUGCCGCAAGUUGCUCUGACAAAACCUCGAACUUCAGGUAACAAAGUCCCAUCAGCAUCCCAUCAGCAAACAUUCAAUUCCAAUUUUAAAUAUAACCCUGGCACGUUACAUUAUGGCAUGCCAAUUACGGCGAGAGGAACAAGUCGCGCAAGUUCAAGCAAUUUAGGGCCGCGUGUUACAGAUAUUGUUUCAGGAUUAUAUUGA